AGUGUGCCAUGCUCAUGAGUGGGGCGUGUGCGUGAGGGCGAAGCGCGCGCACACACACACACGCACAGUGACGCGCUGUGGUUUCGAGAACCUCGGGUCCUGCCUCCUGCCUUUCACAUGAUCUGUAAUCUCUCACAGAGGAGAGACACAGGAAUGUGGAGAGGAGCGACAACAGCCAUGACUGAGCGGAGCCACGGUCCCUCCAAGAUGCGUUUAUGUUCCACUGUGGCCAUCUGGGUGACAUUCAUCCACUGCGUCGCUGCAAUCCCCUGGACUCAAGAAAAGCUCCAUCACCGAGCUGUCACUCUGACACAAGAUGAGAUCCUGGCCGCCCUGACCUCCACUGACCUGGAGCAGAUGUGGCAGAGGGACCUGAGGCCGCUGCUGGUCACCAGGUACCCGGGCUCUGUGGGCAGCCGGGCCGUGCAGGAGCAUAUCAAGACAACCCUGGGCUCCCUCGGAGCCGGCUGGGAGGUGACGGAGGAUGCGUUUGUGUCACAAACACCCUACGGCCAACUGCCCUUCACUAACAUAGUUGCCAACCUCAACUCGUCAGCCAAUCGCCGCCUGGUGCUGGCCUGUCACUACGACUCCAAGUACUACCCACCACAAUGGCACGGGAGGGAGUUCCAAGGCGCCACUGAUUCUGCCGUUCCCUGUGCCAUGAUGUUGGAGCUGGCCCGCGCCCUGGAUGAAGAACUAAAAGCUCAGAAGGCCACCAGUCCCGACUUGACCCUGCAGUUGCUCUUCUUUGAUGGAGAGGAGGCUCUUUUCCAGUGGACCGCCACAGACUCCCUUUAUGGCUCUCGCCACCUGGCCCAGAAGAUGGAGACCACCCCACAUCCCGCCGGAGCCACGGACACAAACCAACUGCACACCAUGGACCUGUUUGUGUUGCUGGACCUGAUCGGGGGCCCCGACCCACACUUCUACAACCAGUUCCCCAGCACAACAUACUGGCUCUCCAGACUGCAGAGCAUUGAGAAGCGUUUACACUCCAUGAACGAGCUUGUGGAUCAUCCUCACAACGUGCAAUACUUCUGGCCCAACCGACCUGUUGGCCACAUACAAGAUGAUCACAUACCAUUCCUAAACAGAGGUGUACCCAUCCUCCACCUUAUCCCCUCCCCGUUCCCGUCGGUGUGGCACACGUUUGAUGACAACGAGCAGAACCUGGAUCGCUCCGCCAUUCAGAACCUCAACAAGAUCAUGCAGGUGUUUGUUCUGGAGUACCUCAACGCCAGACCCGCCACCGCCAUCCCUUCAAACCCACAGAAUGCCCCAUAAAAAAAAAAAAAACGGCAUAUCGAUUCGACAACUUUCUUUCUUUUGAUGUUUCCCUUCUUUCUUUUGAUGUUUCCCUGUAGUAAAGAUCGUCAGCUGUUGUUCCACAGACUAAAAGAAUAGACUGUAUUUAAUGCUGUUUAAACACCAACAAAAUGUAAUACCUUACAAUUAAGACGUGAGGUUGAGACUCAACUCAUCAAAUGGCUGCAGCUGCAGAAAACAUUUCACAUUGAGAAUAUUGUCCAAUCAAAACAUAUUUUUGCCAAUGUAAUUGAAUGUCCCUUCUUCCUAUUGGUUCAUAAAAGGCUUCCAGACUGAGGCUUAAUCAUCCCUUCAAGGCCCAAGUCCCCGGCAACAAUAUCGGCACACAGGAUCUUCUGUGUGUGGGGCUUUUGUUUCACCACACUGCUCUCUUUAUACCAGCUCCUUUACACUCUGAGAUGAGGCAUCUUAGUGUCAGUGCUGAUGUUUCGGAUCUCGGACUCAAAGAGAAGGAAAAAAGAGCAGUGCAGGCGUUCAGGAACAUAAUAAUUGUGAUCAGUUAAAAGGCCACGACUCCCUUUCUGUUUUUCCACUUUCAUUUACCUGGCAACUUUGAAGUAUAUGAAUGCAUUGCAAGUCCAAAAUAUGUGAUAAUUCCAUUAUGAAUUGCUGCGGGGAAAACUGUAGACAUGUAAUAGCAUCUCUGAUCUGUCAUGUUGUGUGAUGAAUAUAUAAAAUCUGACGACCCACACUGUGCUACCAAAACACAGAGUGGAGUAUGUGACGACUCACAUGACAUGUGUUCUAUAGCGACAGGGCACGUGACGUUUCCUCUCCUGCAGUAAAUCUGUUCAGCACAAACUUGUCAGGGGCAGGAAGUGGGUUCAUUUGUAUUCUCUCUUCUACAUCUUCAGCCCUUCAUAUCCUGUCUUCUUAGAUCGUGAAGUGGAUAACUUCCUGAGCGGAUGUUUUGCCUGGCAAGAUGUGGCAUUAUUAGCCCCAUCUUAAUGUAGAUCCUAGAAUAAUAUACACAUGCCAAAACCUGAACUUCCUUUAUUUUUGAGGGUUGAAAUAAAUGUUGACUCAGAAAACAAGCGAGAUCAUGCAGAGUUUGCUUAUCUUCACGAGUCUUUGUUUGACUGUUUUGGGAGCUGUGGAUAACAAAGUUGCUCUGAUGCGUUGCCGUUGUGAUUCUCUAAGCUGACCUUUUGCAUGAGGAAGUUUCAACUAUUUCUGGAAGUCAAACCUAAAACAACUAUAGGGUUACCAAUGCUGAUCUUGCAGUUUCCCAGUUUCCAUCUUUUCCUCAACAGACCGAACGCCCCUUUCCAUCCCUCCGCCCUCACCUCGACAACAAUCCCAUGAUUCACUUAAUCCGAUCAGGGAGGACCUCCCCUGAAUGCACACCACCUAGAUCCCCUGCAAUCCAGCCCACUCCCAUGAGAACUGACCGUGGAUCUGAGUCUCCAGUUUUCAACAGUGUACACAAACAUACUGUAUAUCUUGUCUUAAAGGAGAUUAAAAGUAUAAGAGCUUCAAUGGGCUUUAGUUACCAACAACUGCAAUUUGGUGUAUAGUUUCCACACAAACUACAGAAAACGGUGUUUAAUGCUUUCUCAUAAACAUGUUGUAAAACUGUAGUGCUUUAAUAAAGAUAUAUUUGCUUC